AUGCUGCCCACGCUGAGCUCCUACACCCUGGACGAGAUGCUGGAGGCGCGGACGCCGGACCAGGUCGUCUUCAGCCAGCUCUAUGUGAACCCGGAGCGAUCCCGCAGCGAGGAGUACGUGGCCAAGUUGGAGAAAGCCGGUGUGCAGGCCCUCUUCGUCACCGUGGAUGCACCACAGCUUGGCCGCCGUGAGAAGGACAUGCGCAACAAGUUCACCCAGCAGGGUUCCGAUGUGCAGGGCGACGACGAGGAUGACGGAGCCGUUGACCGUUCCCAGGGCGCCACCCGUGCCAUCAGCAGCUACAUUGACCCCGGCCUCAACUGGGAGGACGUGCCGUGGCUCAAGAGCAUCACCAAGAUGAAGGUGCUCCUGAAGGGCGUGCAGUGCGCCGAGGAUGCCGUCAUGGCUUACAAGGCUGGCCUUUCAGGUUGCGUGCUCUCCAACCACGGUGGUCGUCAGCUGGACACCUGCCGCCCGGGCAUCGAGGUCUUGCCUGAGGUCAUGGAGGCCAUCAAGGCGGAGGGUGCCACCAAGGAGAACUUCGCCGUCUUCAUCGAUGGUGGCGUGCGCCGUGGUGGCGAUGUCUUCAAGGCGGUUGCUUUGGGAGCACAGGCUGUGGGUGUCGGCCGGCCUGUCUUGUACUCCCUUGCCUCCUACGGCCAGAACGGCAUCGUCCGCAUGGUCCACAUGCUCCAGGAUGAGCUGCAGAUGGUCAUGCGCCUGGCCGGCACCCCGAACAUCCCCAGCAUCACCGAGAAGCACGUGAUCACCACCAACCUGGCCGACCACAUC